GGAAACAGUAAAACGCAAGUCUGUGCACAGGAAGCAUUAGCUAUACCUAAGUAAAAGAGUCAGCUGAGAUAGCUGCUGGCUUCAGCAUACGAGUGCCAUUAUGAUGAAUGUUUACAGCACUUCAACUAGAGCCAAUUAUCCUUUUUGUGGGAGGCCUGAUGAUUUGCUCACGUUGGUAGCUUGUACAAAGCAACAGUGCAUUCAGAAAUGGAGUAGCUGAGGAAAAUGUCUAUGAGCAGAAAUUUUCCUUGGACAGGAAUUCAAAGAAACAACUAAUUCUAUUACUUGUCAUAAAUGUGAUGGAAUAGGUGAAAAGGAUCAGGCAUUUCCUAAUAUUCAUUUGAUGUAGAAUAUAGACAAAAGGAUGUUAUGACAGUCCACAGUUGAGGCAUGAUGAAUACCCAUAUGCAGUGAAGGCACCACUUUCCUUCAGGGAGUCCAGACAAAUAAACAUCUGCAGUUGAAGCAGGUUUAGAAGCUUGGGGGCAACAAGACUCAAGAAAGAGCAGAGGCAGAGGUGAAUACCAGUGGCUGCUGGCAAUAUAUUUGGGCAACGGCUGAAUCCGAGACACUGCACGUGUAAUGUCUCCCACCCACCCUCCUCCUCUCACCAAGAAAAGGACUCUGUAGUGGGUUGAUAAGGAAACUUCAAAGUUAGGAUUAUCAUGAGACUAUAUUGGAAAUGUGCAGAGAAAAUGAGAUGCUUUCGGAAGCGCUCAACGAUUCCAGCGUUGGCCCUCCUUGCGAUUUGUCUCCUUUGCUUGAAUCUAUAUAUGGAAGAGGACAGAUACGUAAUGGCUGGAGAGCAAAGACUGACAAGAGAAAUAACUUCACAUCAGCUUAACUCUGAAAAAUAUGUCCAUUCGUUCAAAGAUUUAACUAACCUGUCAGGAGCAAUAAAUGUCACCUAUCGUUAUCUUGCAGGUUUUCCUAUACCUAGAAAAAAAUAUUUAACAAUAGGAUUGUCAUCAGUGAAAAGGAAAAGAGGAAACUACCUACUAGAAACAAUUAAAUCUAUUUUUGACCAAUCCAGCUAUGAAGAACUGAAUGAAAUUGUAGUUAUUGUACACUUAGCAGACUUUGAUCUCUCAUGGUGUGAAGACAUUGUCCAAGAAGUCUCCAGAAAAUUUGGCCAUCACAUCAUUUCUGGUCGAUUGAUGGUUAUUCAUACUCUUGAGGAGUAUUACCCAAGUUUAGAUGGCCUCAAAAGAAACUACAAUGACCCAGAAGAUCGGGUGAAAUUUCGAUCAAAGCAAAAUGUAGAUUACGCAUUUCUGCUUAAUUUCUGUGCCAAUUUAUCAGACUACUAUGUAAUGUUAGAAGAUGACAUUCAUUGCUCAAAAAACUUCCUAUCUGCUAUUAAAAAAGUCAUUACCUCAAGGAAAGGCUCCUAUUGGGUGACACUGGAGUUUUCAAAAUUGGGAUAUAUUGGAAAACUUUACCAUUCACAUGACCUGCCUCGACUGGCACAAUUUUUAUUAAUGUUUUAUCAGGAAAUGCCAUGUGACUGGUUACUAAUUCAUUUCCAAGGGCUACUUGCCCAAAAGGAUAUCAUACGGUUUAAGCCUUCUUUGUUUCAGCACAUGGGAUAUUAUUCCUCAUUCAGAGGAACAGAAAACAAACUUAAGGAUGAUGAUUUUGAAGAAGAUUCCUUUGAUAUUCCUGACAAUCCGCCUGCGACGCUUUACACAAACAUGAAUGUGUUUGAACAUUACGAUCCUCGUAAAGCAUACAGCAAUGUAGACGAGUACUUCUGGGGGAAAUCUACUUCAGCCGGAGAUUACUUUCUUAUUGUGCUGGACAAACCAACUAAAAUUGACAAACUGAAAAUCCAAACAGGAACUGAUGAUAGACAAAAUGAUAUUUUGCAUCACGGAGCACUAGAGGUUGGUCAAAAUGUGCAAAUAGCAAAGAAAGGAAAGCAGUGUUCUAGCUAUGUCAAACUGGGCGAGUUUCAACAUGGAAAUAUUGAGAUUAAGGAUAUUGGUCACAAAGUUGAAUUUGACAUUCACUGCAUUCGGAUAUUAGUAACAGAAAGCCAAAAGGAAUGGCUGAUUAUCAGGAGUAUCAGCAUUUGGACCAAUCAGCCAUCAAGUUAGACCAUUCAAUGUUAUCCCAUGGAAAUUGAUACAAGAGAUUUUGUAAAUCUGAAAACAAAAUCAAGGCAGCUGAUGAAAAUUUAUCAUGUAAUGAUUUGAAAUUUACCUUCUAAAAUAAGAAAAACAUGAAUUGUAUUGGAUGAGAAUAAGCAGUAGACUCGAACUGUCAUCCAGGAAUAAGUUUUCAUGGAAAAGGGUAGAAAAAGGAAUUUUGUGCUCCAAGGUAAUUAGGCUGUAUUCAUAAAUAAUUUCAUGCCUGUCCAAAAGUAGCAGAGGGAGGAAUUUCUGAUGAAUUAUUAAACCUUUUGCUGCUAGUAUCCUACGUUGUAAAUUCAAGCCUUUUUCUUUUAUUAAUUUGUUUUUCCUAUCAGCUUGCAUUGCUAUUGUGAUUAUUCUUAGAUAUUUACAAAUGAGAUGGCAAACUAAUCAUGAUAAUUCACAUAAUAAAAGAGCACACUUACUGAACCAUUGAAACAAAACGUUAGUUUUCUUCAGCUGCUGAAGUUUUGUUUUUAAGCAGAACAGGAUGUCUGUUAUUUAAAGAAUGACUAUCAGAUCUGCAUAUGUUCUUAGUAGUCUUGAAUGAAUUAUAAUACUUUAUUGACAAAGUAUCCCACAGGCCAAUUUCAAAACUGAGGUUAAAAUAUAGGACAACAUUUUUCUAAUUGUUUCAUCAUGAUAACAACUCAGUUACUAUGAAAAUUCAAGAACUCCGAGGCUUGAUGCAUUCCAUUGCAUGGCAAGCCAUAAGGCGAGCAGAUUAUGAAUUCCAAUUCAGUGACAAGAAACUAAGACACUCUGUGUACAAUUAAAAGGAGUCCUAAAUCAAGAACCAUUUUAAAUGCAGGGCUUAAUCAAGGUCUGCAUAAAGAUUUGUCACUCAGGUGCCAGUUGCCAUGGUUGUUGGUAUGUUCGCUGGGAAGUUGAUUUGCAGAUGUUUAGUCCCCUGUCCAGGUGACAUCUUUAGUGCUUUGGAGCCUCCUGUGAAGCGCUGCUGUACUGUGUCUUCUGGAAUUUAUUUGGUUCCAUUCCUGUUGCUUCUGGUUGCUGGUUCUGUU